CCAAAACCACCAGUCGGGCCUCAACCCUUGUUCGCCCCUGGCCUCUCCGGCCGUCCUCCACCCAAGCCGGCGCGAAUGCCGGAGCCGCAGGCCAUCCUCCCGCUCCGGGCGCUACCCCCGGACGCGCCGCUCCCACUCCCCGUGCCGCCGUUCCACCAGCAGAACCCCGCCGCCCCCGCCACCGCCAGCGCUACCCCGACCACGCCCCCCAACCCUCCCCCUCCCCCGGCCGCCGCGCAGCCGUCCUCCACGCGCCCGCCGCACCCAUGGGAGAUAGCCGCGCGCGCCUGGCUCGAGUCCUUCCCCGACGGCCGCCCUCCCACCGAGCCCGAGGUCGACGCCUACAUCGACGCCCACCGUCCCGACCUCCCGUCCCUCCCCCGCUCCCAGCUCCACCAGCGCCUCCUUGCGCUUCGCGGCGACCAGGUUUUAGAUGCAGAGCAAAGUGCAUUCCCGUACAGGUUCCAGCGAACUGAUCUCUGGAAGCCUGUAUAUCAAUGGCUAGAAACUCUUGAGAUGGACUCGCUGGUUACAUCAAAGCAGAUAUCGGACUGGCUUGCAUCGAACCCACAGGUGAUGGAUAGGCUGGUUGAGAAGCAUUCAAAAUAUCAUCUGAUUCACUACAGCCAGCGGAUGCACUUGAAGUUGCUGAAGAAGAGAGGGAAGUUGCCAAAGACACUACAACUUUCUGCGGCUAGAGCCACGGUCCGGCCAAGUGCUGUUCCAGUGACCCCACAGGAGAGUGCAGUGACCUUGCCGAAAUCUCUACCUCCUGUCACAGGUGGUAAUGGAAGCAUAUCUCCAGGUGGCAGUGCAAGCAGAUCUCCUGGUGGCAAUGCAAGUAGACUUCCAGGUGGCAGUGCAAGUAGUCUUCCAGUUGGCAGUGCAAGUAGACUUCCAGGUGGCAGUGCAAGUAGACUUCCAGGUGGCAGUGCAAGUAGACUUCCAGGUGGCAGUGCAACUAUAAAGGACACAGAUACGUCAUUGUCCAAAAAGAAAGAAGCUCUCCUCAAAUAUGAACUUUUGACAGAUUUGCAGAAUCAGUUGACCAGUGUGCUGUUAAAUCAGUGUCGUACUGUUGCCAUUAAAGAUACAGACUCCUCGUAUAUGGAUUUUCAAAAGCCAGAGACUAACAUAUGCAUCCAAGAAGGGGCAACUACUGCAAGCACAUCGAACCCUGUGGAUGUGACGAAGAUUUAUGUCAAUGAACAGUCAAACCCAGGAGGAGCUGUGGAGAGUGAAUUUGGACAAAAGAGAAAGAGAAACCCUAUCAUUGUUACACCCGCAUGGUGUUACAGUGAAGCUGCAACAGGAACUUUGCAGCAUGAACAGAAUUCAAGUUCACAUAGUGAUGGUGCAAGAAGUUUCAAUAUAUGGAAGGGACAUGUCAACCAUUCAUUUCCACAUCGAUCUAUUAAGAAAAACCUAUUGUUCUGCCUAGAGGGGCGUGAAAUUGGUACCAACUGGUCUCAAGUUUGUUCUUACGGAGGCUAUGUUGGAAGGAGCUGUGAACGAUGGACCCCAUUUCUUGAAGGAUGGAAUUCUCCUGCUGUCCAGUUUGAAGGGCCUGGGGUACAUGCUGUGAAAAAAAGUUACUUAUCUUGGUGCCCAACUUCAUGCGCUUAUACGUCUAGUGCACCUUCUGAUCAGCCUCAUGACAGGCAAGGUGUACGCAAAGUUCUUGAUGUGAAGUUUCAUCCAGAAGGGUUGCCUCAGCUUGUUUCUUGCUCUAAUGAGGCACCAAAUGAAUUGUUGCUUUUCAAUCUUCUUUCGGGAAGGUCCAUUCAACUUAGGGGCCACAGUACUAAGAUCCAGGCAAUCUCAUUUGCAGUCAAAGGAGCAAGCGUUGUAUCUUGUGGUUCUAAUUUACUAAAGGUAUGGGACUGCAUUACGGGCUCUUGCCUCUACACCCUUGGUGGCGAUGAUGAAAACUCAGUGGGGCAUACUCAAAAAAUUAAUGCUAUGGCAGUGAAUAAGUGGCAAUCCUGUCUGGUUGUCACUAGUGGAGCAAAAGGUGACGGUAAGCUUCUACUAUGGAAUGCUUUGAGAGGUGAACUUGCUUCAGAUCUAAAUUCAAACCUGAGGUCACAAGAUAUGGUCUAUCCUUCAAUUGAUACAAUGGAGUUCUGUAGUGAGAAUCUUCUGGCAUGUGGAAGUGACUGUGAUUAUGGGGGCUCAGCUGUGGUACAAUUAUGGGAUAUUGAGUCUCCAGAAUCUUACUUAUCUUUCUCUGCAAGUGAUUCUUACAUUACUUCCCUUAAAAUCAAUCCUGCUGGCAACACUAUCAUUACAGGUUCUGGUGAUGGGACUAUUGGCUUAUUUGACAUCCGUGCUUGUUCUGCAAUUAACCAUUUGUCAGUGGGGCCUGGUUCUGAGGUUACAUCUGUUUCGUUUAGCAACUGUGGUACCUAUUUUUCUGCUUCUAGCACAUCCAACAACACUUUAGUUUGGGAUACAAGACUGGUUCCAAUAAGUCACAGCAGGGAUAUUUCACGAAGCAAGGACAUGCGAUUUUUUCGCCCUUUACAUUGCUUGAGUCAUGGCAAGCAGAUGCCGACUGCAGAAUAUACGAGUCAACUGCCAGGUCAUGUUGAUGAGGGUGAUCAGGGGGUAAAUGCCACACACUGGUUGCAUAAUCAACCUGUCCUUGUUACUGUGAGUGGUGAUGGCAGUGUUGGAAUGUGGGAUGUCACUCUAGGGCAGCCUUGUGUCAGACAUAUCAUCACUCAUAAUCGAUGUGCCAACGCGGUUGCUGUAGCCCCUAAUGAUGAAUACAUCUCCACAGGAGGAAGCGAUCAAAAAGUUGUUUUAUAUCAUAACAGAAAUGGACGUGCAAAUCUUAAUUGGCGUCUCACAUACCCUCUGCCCGGAAAUGAUUAAUGUGCUGCCGAGAAGUGUACAAUGAUCCCAGAAAUGCUGAGGAGUUGUCUGAAAUAGGUUGCUGGACUAAAGAAGGAACUCUGUUGCUUGAAAGGGAUGUAGAGCGAUGGCUGGUAUUGAAGCCUCUGCUUGAUGGACGAGUGCAGCUUGUGUUGGGCCUCAAUAUAAAUGAAUUUUCGUUCCUCUUUACAAGUUGUGUUUGUACCUUUUUAUUCUCCUGUAAAGAGAAUAUUAAGGAAAUCAAUAUCAACUUGACUGGUGAUAGUCUUCUACUCUUAGUAUAGUGUUAACCCAGUUUAUGAGCCAGAUUAGGCAAUUCCCUGUAACAUCAGUUGAGCAAGAGCUACUUACCCGUUGCCUGUAUCUCUCUUCUUCUUUUUCCUUCAGUGUGAACAUGUAGUCUUUCAGCAUUGCCAAAA